ACAAAAUUUCACAAUUACAAAAUUUAAACCAGGUAGGAUCCUACCUCCGGUAUUCCACAUCUCGAUUGCCUACAACACAUCGCGAGCACGACGACUGGUCACCCAAAUGAUGAUGCAGCAGCAGCAGUACCCUCAGGCGGCGACGCCCAACCCUCCGCCACCGGCCCCGCAGCAGCGCGAAACUGCGGGGGACGCGCCGCCGAAGCAGGUGGCGCUGGCGAUGGAGCGGCUGGCGCACGCUGCCCGCCUUAUUGCCGAUAUCCGCCUCAGCGCCGACCACAUUCUCGAAGCCCUCUUCAUCUCAGCGCAACCCCAACUCCACAAAAAACCCUUUAAUAUGAUUACCGAAGAGGAGGCUUCCAUGCGGAAGCACCUCCAAGACCUUCGCGACGUUGGUAAGCAGCUGGAAGACUCGGGUGUUCUGAAUGAAUCUCUUCGAUCACGAAGUAACUCCUGGGGCUUGCACAUGCCUUUGGUUUGUCCAGAUGGUGCUGUUGUUGCGUAUGCUUGGAAACGUCAACUUGCUGGUCAGGCUGGUGCAUCUGCAGUUGACAGGACAAGGUUAGCCCUCAAGGCCUUUACCGACCAGAAAAGGCAAUUUUUCCCUCACCUUGAUGGUGGAGUAAAUAGCCAGAUUUCCAGUACUGAACCUGUUUCGAAGAAACAUUGUAGUUCUCAAGCAUUAUUGGGGACUCAUCAAGAAGAGCAUAUUGAUUGCAAAACACUAUCUGAUGUUCUGAUGCGUCUGGAAAAAGAAGUGCCAAAUGUGAAAAUUUCUACUUACCAACGUCUAGACUGGUUAAAGAAAGCUUCUUCACUGCCCUCUUCUGCAAAUGAGAGCUUUGUAGAAUCAUCCAAAGCACAUAAUUACCACAGUUCAAAUAAAUUAAGACCAGGAUCUCUGGAUGCUGUAGAUGCAGAAAAGGUUGCUGUAGUUGAAUUGUUGGUUCCUUCUGUUUUUAGGGCAAUAGUAUCAUUGCAUCCUGCUGGAUCUGCUGAUCCUGAUGCAGUGGCUUUCUUUUCUCCAGAUGAGGGAGGCAGCUACGUACAUGCUCGAGGUUUUUCUGUUUUCCAUGUAUUUAGACACAUUACGGAGAAUGCUGCUAUGGCCUUGCAGCAUUUUCUUGGGAUUAGAACUGAAACACCUCUAUAUUCUCUAUUGCACUGGAUCUGCAGCUACCAAAAUCUUUUUACAAAAGUUUGCAGUAAGUGUGGACGGCUAUUGUCAAUGGAUAGAAGAUUGGCUUUGCUGUUGCCUCCUGUUCAUAGACCUUACCAGCGUUUUUCUGCCCAUAAGCUUUCAUCUGGACAACCAAAUCCUUCAUUAAAGGAACAUAAUUUGGAUGUUGUUCAGGCUUAUCAUGUUGGCUGUUUUUCAGAGGAAACAUAGAAACAUCGAUUGAUGCAGGCAUUCUAUGACUAGUGUGGGAAUUACUGGGUAAAUGAUCCAUCAAAAGUAACCGUGCAGUUUGCAGUCCAUUAGUUACGCCUUGCAACAGACAUCGUUCAUUUGAAAAUGGCAUCAAUUGUGUACAUGAUCGAGCAGGGACACCCUAAGUGUUAUAAAUGCUAACCCAUGUUGAAGGUCUAAUUUUCAAAUCUUGGCCUAGGCAAGGAGGGGUUAAGAAAACAGGGAUGGAUUGUCAAGUUCAAUGGGCCUUCCAAUGAACAUUGUUCUUCUUGCUCUUGUUAAGCAGAUAUUUUAGUAACUUAUUCCACAGCGAUAUUGUAUGUAAAAAGGUAAACAAGUUUUGACACUUCCUGCUCAAUAGAAUUAUUUUUUAUACAAA